AUGUCACUACAGAUGGUAACAGUCAGUAAUAACGUGGCCUUAAUUCAACCAGGCUUCUCACUGAUGAACUUUGAUGGGCAAGUUUUCUUCUUUGGCCAGAAAGGCUGGCCGAAGAGGUCUUGCCCCACUGGAGUUUUCCACUUUGAUGUAAAGCAUAACCAUCUCAAACUGAAGCCUGCAGUUUUCUCCAAGGAUUCCUGCUACCUUCCUCCUCUUCGUUACCCGGCCACUUGCAUAUUCAGAGGCAGCUUAGAAUCUGGAAAGCAUGAGUACAUCAUCCAUGGAGGGAAAACACCAAACAACGAGCUUUCAGAUAAGAUUUACGUCAUGUCUGUUGUUGGCAAGAACAACAAAAAGGUGACCUUUCGCUGCACCGAGAAAGACCUGGAAGGAGAUGUUCCUGAAGCCAGAUAUGGUCAUUCCAUUGACAUGGUGUAUAGUCAAGGGAGAAGCAUGGGAGUUCUCUUUGGAGGACGGUCUUACAUUCCUGCUGCCCAAAGAACCACGGAAAAAUGGAAUAGCGUAGCUGACUGUCUGCCCCAUAUCUUCUUGGUGGAUUUUGAAUUUGGGUGCUCUACAUCAUACCUACUUCCAGAACUUCAGGAUGGGCUAUCUUUUCACGUCUCCAUUGCCAGAAAUGAUACCAUUUAUAUCUUAGGAGGGCAUUCACUUGCCAAUAACAUCCGCCCUGCCAACCUAUACAGAAUAAAAGUUGAUCUCCCACUGGGUAGCCCCGCUGUGAGUUGCACAGUUUUGCCAGGAGGGAUCUCCGUCUCCAGCGCAAUCCUGACUCAAACAAAGAGUGAUGAAUUUGUUAUCGUUGGUGGCUAUCAGCUUGAAAAUCAAAAGAGGUUGGUCUGCAACACGGUGUCUUUCGAGGGCGAUAAGAUAGAAAUUCAUGAGAUGGAGACUCCAGAUUGGACCCCAGAUAUUAAGCACAGCAAGAUCUGGUUUGGGAGCAACAUGGGAAAUGGAACUGUCUUCCUUGGAAUACCAGGAGACAAUAAACAGGCUACUUCAGAAGCUUUCUAUUUCUAUAUGUUGAAAUGUGUUGAAGAUGAUGCGAAUGAAGAUCAGAAAACACUCGCAGAUAGUCAGACAUCAACAGAAGAUCCAGGGGACUCCACUCCCUUUGAAGACUCAGAAGAGUUUUGUUUCAGCGCAGAAGCAAAUAGUUUCGAUGGUGAUGAUGCAUUUGACACCUAUAAUGAAGACGAUGAGGAAGAUGAGUCGGAGACAGGCUACUGGAUUACAUGCUGCCCUACUUGCGAUGUGGAUGUCAACACUUGGGUACCAUUUUAUUCAACGGAGCUCAACAAACCUGCCAUGAUCUACUGCUCUCAUGGAGAUGGGCACUGGGUCCAUGCCCAGUGCAUGGAUCUAGCAGAACACACGCUCAUCCAUCUGUCGGAAGGAAGCAACAAGUAUUACUGCAAUGAGCAUGUGAAGAUAGCAAGAGCACUGCAAACCCCCAAAAGAGCCCCACCCUUAAAAAAGCCUCCACUGAAAUCCCUCCACAAAAAAGGUCCUGGGAAAAUUUUGACCCCCGCCAAGAAAUCCUUUCUUAGAAGGCUAUUUGAUUAG